CGUCGCCCUUAUCAUCACAUUGUCCUGAGGAGACUGUCAGUGUGGACAGUCAGCCUUCCUGAAGAUACCAUGGGAGGAAAAAAGUCCAAAUCUGAGGCUCCCCCACCUCCACUUCUCAGCAACCCAUGGAGGACAAUAAACUGGGGACGCAGACAGGAUGCUUUGCAGUAUGUGACAGACUACAAACCUCAGACUGAAGGCCAGCAGCUCAGGAUUCUUCUUCAUGGGCAGACUGGAGCAGGAAAGUCCAGUUUCAUCAACUCUGUCCAAAGUGUCUUACUUGGCAGAAUGUACUCACACGCUUUGGUGGAUAACACCAGUCACGACACUUUUACCAAAAAGUACACAACCUACAAGAUCCAAAUCGGGAGCUCAGACGCCUUUUAUCCUUUUGUCUUCAAUGACAUCAUGGGCCUGGAUCCAAAAAAAGGCGUCUCUGUGGAAGACGUCAAACUGGCUUUGAAGGGACACGUCAAGGAAGGUUACAAGUUCAAUCCUGAGUCUAGGUUAUCAGAGGAUGAUCCAUUCUACAACAAAUCUCCGACUGCGAAUGACAAAGUGCAUGUUCUGGUUUGUGUCAUUGAUGCAAACACAGUAACUUCCAUGAGUGACAGCAUUCUGCAUAAGAUUCGGGACAUCAGGACAGAAGCCAGUCAACUGGGGAUUCCUCAAGUGGCCAUUUUCACCAAACCUGAUGAGGUCUGUGCUGAAAUCAAAGCAGAUAUAAAGAAUGUCUACAAGGCCCGGUCCCUGAAGGAGAAGAUGGAGAGGUUCAGCGCAAACAUGGGAAUUCCUAUGAACUGCAUCUUCCCCGUGAAGAACUACCAUAACGAAAUUGACCUCAACGAUGAUGUUGACUCGCUGAUCCUGAACGCCCUGAGAAACAUCAUCAACUUUGGACAUGACUGCAUCAACUUCAGCAAGAGUUCUAAGAGAUAGUCAUGUUUUAAGACAGCAUGAAAGGGCUGUUUACCAUGGUGUCAAAAUAACAAUCUACAACAUAUAACCAACAGGCUUUUAACACAAUAAUGUUCAUGAUUUGAUUAUUAUUUUUUUUUUUUUGCUUAUUUGUUUCUAUGUUUUCUGGUUUAAAGUCCAGUUGGUUUCAAAUAUGUAUUAUGUCUCAGUGACAUUAAAGGUCCAUAUUUGCCAUCUAGCUGUGAGGAUGCAAAUUGCAACCAGCUGAAUACCCUCGUCUCACCCUCCCCUACAGCUCUCAUGAUCCAGUGUUUGUCUGUUCUGGGCUGCUAUAGAAACAUGGCAGUGCAAUAUGACCAAGUCUGUGGAAGAAGAUUAUUAAGAGUUUAACAGUCAGAAACAUUUUUCAGACUGUGUGGGAGUAGUUUGAUCAGAUUUGAAUGGCAUGACAGAUGGGAUGUCAUCUUUUUUUAACUUAAGUCCACUUCAAAUCAGUGAGGAGAGCACAGAGAAACAUGAGCAAUAGAAGUAGUGGAAUAAAUACAGCUGUUCUAACUUUGCCAAAACAUAGUGUUUGUUCCCUUUUUUUCAGAACAUCUACAAAAAAGCAGGGAAAUGCCAAAUCUGGAGGCUAAUGACAGCUUCUCAAAGGCAAAAUCCAAACACAGCAGAUGUCCCAAUGAAACGACUAGCAUUGCUACACCAACCGCUUAGCAUUAGCAUAGCUUUCUCUUAGCAUUGACUUUCUAAUUCGCCAAAUUAGCUAUGAAGUUUUUAUGUAUUAACAGCCAGAAAAUCAAUGUCAGUCAGUAUCUGUGUUGCAAGAGGGCCAGAAAUAUGCUCCACCAAUAACUGCAUUAUUACUAUCUCUCCCCUCAAAAUCACAAAUAAAUCAUAAUGUGUACGUGAUGUGCAUAUACCUUCAAUAAUACAUAAAUAAACUAGGUGCUGAUU